UCCCUCCCAUCGCGUUUCGCAUCAUCUCUCGUUUGGAAUUAUUAGAAAAUAUUUUCAAAAAUCCGAGGAACUGAAAAUUCAUUUCGCAUUGUAAAGAAACUCGCGUUAAUUUAUUGAUAAAUUCACGUGAUUCGCGCCGGUCGCCGUGAAAUCAGCACUUCCGCCGGAACAACAUUGUCGCGAAUGAUCACGUGAUCGGUGAUCGAGUUCGUCGUUUGUGGCCACGAGGUUUUUGUGGUGAAAAUUGUGUGAACUGGGUGAAAAAAAGCCCUCUAUUUUUGUAGUCAUACAAAAAUGCCUUCCAGCUAUCCCCUGCCACCUAAAGAGAAUGCAUUGUUUAAGCGAAUUUUGAGAUGCUACGAACACAAACAAUACAAAAAUGGAUUGAAGUUCGCGAAACAAAUUCUGUCGAAUCCAAAAUUCAGCGAACAUGGAGAGACGUUGGCGAUGAAGGGCCUCACGCUGAAUUGUCUCGGCCGUAAAGAGGAAGCUUACGAUCAUGUUAGACGUGGACUGAGAAACGAUUUGCAAUCGCAUGUGUGCUGGCACGUUUACGGAUUGCUCCAGCGAUCAGAUAAAAAAUACGACGAAGCUAUCAAGUGUUAUCGGAACGCUCUCAAAUGGGACAAAGACAACAUUCAAAUCCUUCGAGAUUUGUCCCUUCUUCAAAUUCAGAUGCGCGAUCUCGAUGGCUACAAGGACACCAGGUAUCAAUUAUUCAUGCUCAGACCGACCCAGCGGGCUUCAUGGAUUGGCUUUGCAAUUUCUUAUCAUCUGUUACGGGACUAUGAAAUGGCUUUAAAGAUUCUUGACACGUUUCGAAAUUCUCCUAUGAUUUGCUAUGAUUACGAACACAGCGAAUUGCUGCUUUAUCAGAACAUGUUGAUUCAAGAAUCAGGGGACAGUGAGCAGGCCUUAAAACACCUCGACAAGAACAUUGAACUUAUUUGUGAUAAAGUCACUGUGAAAGAAACUUAUGGUAAACUGAGACUGGAACUUGGAUUAUACGCAGAAGCGGCUCAAGUUUACAAGGAGUUGUUGGACAUUAAUCCAGAAAACACAACUUAUUACGAUAGGUUAGCGGAAGCCCAAAGACACACUUGUCCCGAUGAGACACUCCAGAUGCUUAAACUUUACGAAGACAUGUUCCCGCGAGCAUUGGCGCCUAGACGUCUUCAAUUGAAUUACGCUGUUGGUGAACAAUUUGAAAUUCUAGUCGACAAAUACUUGCGACAAGGUCUUCAUAAAGGAGUAAAUCCACUUUUUGUGAGUCUUCGGUCUCUCUACACAAAUAAAGAGAAGGUGGAAACAAUUGAGUCGUUACUUCUUCAAUACAAGGAGGCGUUGAAAUCUCACGGCCACUUUCAUGAUUUGGAGAAGGACAAUAUGAAAGAGCCAGCCUCGGCACUUUUGUGGGCCUAUUAUUAUUUGGCACAGCAUUACGAUUACUUGGGACAGACGAAAAAGGCUCUUGAAGAAAUUAACGCUGCCAUUGACCACACACCAACGCUCAUUGAACUUUUUGUCACGAAGGGUCGAAUCUACAAGCACGCAGGAGACGUUCAGGAAGCCUACAAGUGGCUGGACGAAGCACAAAGCCUAGACACUGCCGAUCGAUACAUUAAUUCAAAAUGUGCCAAGUACAUGUUGCGGGCGAAUUUCGUGAAAGAAGCCGAGGAGACUUGUGGCAAAUUCACAAGGGAAGGUGUUCUCGCAAUGGAGAAUUUAAAUGAAAUGCAGUGCAUGUGGAUUCAAACUGAGGCCGCUUAUGCGUACAAACGCUUAGAAAAAUAUGGAGAAUCGCUCAAAAAGUGCCAUGAAGUCGAUAGGCAUUUCUCGGAAAUAAUAGAGGACCAAUUUGAUUUUCACACGUACUGCAUGCGAAAAAUGACACUACGUUCGUAUGUCGGUCUACUGAGGUUAGAAGACGUUCUGCGUUCACAUCCCUUUUACUUCAAAGCUGCAAAGUGUGCAAUGGAAGUCUACCUUCACCUUCACGAUUCUCCCCUUCCGGAUCCAGCACAAGCUCAAGAAAUCGACACUGAAAAUUUACCACCGUCAGAAUUGAAGAAGUUCAGAAAUAAGCAGAGAAAGCAACGCAGGAAGGCGGAACUCGAAAGGCAGCAGGCUGCUCAAGCACAGGAGAAGAGGGAACAUCACAAUAAAUCUCGACAACAGACUGAUCCCGAUCUCGAGCAACCGAUUCUCGAGGAACUUAUUCCGGAAAAAUUGGAGAGGGUGGAAGAUCCCUUGGAGCAAGCUAUCAAAUUUUUACAACCCCUGCAAGAGUUGGCUUCCGACAGAAUAGAGACACAUUUAAUGGCUUUCGAAAUAUACAUUCGAAAAGGACGGACACUGUUGAUGUUGCGAUCGAUAAAUCGCGCACAUCGCUUGGACCCCAACAAUCCCGAAUUGCACACGUGCCUUGUGCGCUUCUUGCAGCACACGAAUAAGUCGCACCUGGAGGGCGCAUUGGCCGAGGUGGUGAAACGCCAGACAAGUGGAAUAUUCUCAAGUUGCAGUGCGCAGCAAUUGAACGCGCAGUACUUGAAGAAGAACAGCAAGUCUCUGCCACACCUGUACCAAGGCGCGCGCAUGAUGUACCUCCUGGACCCGACGGUGCAGUCCAAGGCCCUCUCCUUGGUCGCCGACAUGGACAGCCUCGAGAACGUCUCUCUCGACGUGUGCACGAGGUUGCUCGCCUCCCUGCAAAAGGGCGACUUCGGCUCCUGCGAGUCGACGACGGCCGACUUCCGGGUCAAGUGCCACUCCCUCUUCCCGUACGCGACCGCAUUUCGUCCCCUGGAAAUCAUCGAGGCCAAAGUCACCGUCAAUCAUCAAGACGACUACUCCAUCAAGAACUGAUCCUGGCGUCUCUAAUUAGGACAAUCGAGAGGAAGUUUCAUGGAGGGGGGGCGGGGAUACCAAUUUUUAAUCGAUCGAUCGUCUCGGUUUUUAUUUAAUUUUUUUUCCACUUUUUCUGUGUUUCUCUCGCGCGCGCGAUUUUAAAAUGCUCUCGUCGUUUGUCUCUUGGAGAAUCGCGAUAGGACCGAGUAGACAACGCUGUACAGGAUGCGUUUUUUUUUUUUUUUAUUUUGUAAAAUAUUGUAAAUGGCGAGACAAGACUUUGUAUACAUAUGUGCUAGAAAAUGAAAAAAAGAAAAAAUGUUACGCGUGAUUUUCUAUAACUAAGAUCUUCGUUACCGACGAUAAAUCUCUACUGUGUAGAGUUUUGUCCCUUUAAGUAGUAAAAUUGUACCGAUUUUGGGACAAGUUUUGAACUCUGGUAACUGUACGGUCCGUAAUGUAGAGUCCUACAUUCUAAUGGCUAGAUUUCUUCUUUAUCGAUAAUCGCUAGGGUAGAGAAUGCUACCUUGCCGAAUGUUGUUAAAUAUGUGACUGACUUUUGUAUUGCCGAUUUUAUGUAAAUUUGCCGAACUCAGAAUCUGUACCAAAAUCGUCAAUUUUAUUUAGAAUUGUCGCCAAUACCGCUAAUUGUGAUGGAACAUCGAGAUAUUUUUUUUUCUCAUUCGUUCUUUUAAUCUUGAAUAUAUAAUAAUUCGAUUAUAUCAA